GACGCGGUAAAGGAGGCCACCACUCGCUUUCUUCCCCCACACGUCUCCUCGCGCUCCUCUAAAGAAAUCCCCAAAUCACACCACCAAACCCUAGCCAGAAAUCCUCUGCUUUGCUCUGAUCUCCCCCCUCUCCCCACCGCGCUUCCUUCGCUGCUAAGUAUAUCCUCCCCCGCGCUCCGAAUCUCCUCGGUCGAUUGGGUUCCGGCGUUGGAUGAGAGCUUGGGUCGCAGAAGUAGGAGGAGGAGGAGGAGGAUGACGGUGAUGGAGCUCAAGACGCUGCCGCUCGGCUUCCGGUUCCACCCCACCGACGAGGAGCUCGUCAGGCACUACCUCAAGGGGAAGAUCACCGGACAGAUCAACGCCGAGGUCGAGGUCAUCCCCGAGAUCGACGUCUGCAAGUGCGAGCCGUGGGAUCUCCCAGAUAAGUCUUUGAUCCGUUCCGAGGAUCCAGAGUGGUUCUUCUUUGCACCCAAGGACCGCAAGUACCCCAAUGGAAGCAGGUCGAACAGGGCGACAGAGGCUGGGUACUGGAAGGCGACAGGGAAGGACCGGAUCAUCAAGUCCAAGGGCGAGAAGAAGAAGCAGCAUAUGAUAGGCAUGAAGAAGACUCUUGUGUUCCACCGGGGACGUGCCCCUAAGGGCGAGCGCACCGGGUGGAUCAUGCAUGAGUACCGUACCACCGAACCAGAGUUUGAGUCCGGCGAGCAGGGCGGUUAUGUUCUCUAUCGCCUGUUCCAAAAGCAAGUGGAGAAAAGUGAGCGCUCCAGCCCAGACGAAAUGGAUAGAAGUGGCUACUCUCCCACUCCAUCUCGAUCCACUCCUGACAAUAUGGAGGCAAAUGAGGAAGCAAUUACACUGUUAAACAAGGAAUCUCCUGAAUCUGGUGUGCAAGGAUGCCCAAUUGACUUGCCAGGCACAGUUGAAACUCCAGCUGCACCGAUUACAAGAUGGCUUGCAGACAGAACUGAUAACUUGGUGACACAUGACGCAAACAUUUUACGCACGCCAUUUCAUGGUCAUGUUGAUGAAAUACCUAAGACUGGUCCUUUGGUUCAGCCAAUUGACCCACAGAAGAAAAAUGUUGAUUCUGAAGAAUUCUUGACCUUUGCUGCCCCCAUGUUACCGCAUGAAGGAAAUGAUUUGUUCUGCAAUCCUUCUCUUCAAGGACAUUCAUUUGAUUUUGGUGGCAGUAUGGCACCUGGUGAUCUAGUGGAGAAGUUCUUGAAUGAAGCAAUUGCUGAUCCAGAGGAGCAUUCGUCAACAGCAUCAAAAGUUCAGUAUGAUUCAGACAAUGGGAUUAUGCUUCCAGAGUUAGAGAACAAUUGGCCUAUGCAGGGUGAAAUGCUAGAUGAUCCAUACUGGUUCGAGAAUAUAAACUUUUGCCCAGAUGAUACAACUCCACAACUGAGUGGAUAUGAGAAUACACCAUUGCUUCCUUUUAUUGGAGCUAAUCCUGACGAACUUUCAAUGGAUUCUGAUCAUGAGUCCAUGCAAGAUUUAUUCAAUACCAUGGAAGAUUCAAAUGAGAAGAUGGGUGGAUGGAACAAUGGAUUUGGAUUUAAUCCCAUACAUCAACAGUUACAGUCCACAAUGCAUCCAAACCAUUUAGUUUCUCAACAGGGCUGUGCACAAAGGAGGUUACGGCUACAAGAUUCAUUGUCUGCUGUAAAUAUUGAAGGUGAAGAGAGCAUGACUAAAGAUGAAGAUGAAGUAUCACAUAUUGUAACUUCGGAAUAUAUGGGUGAAUCUGUUGAGUCGACUGCAGAUGGAGAUGAUGGUGACUCCACAGGGGUUACCAUUAUGAGUCGACACCCUGCUCCAAGUACAAAUGAGCCUUCCGAUGGAGAUGAUGGUGACUCCACAGGCGUUACUAUUAUGAGUCGACGCCCUGCUCCAACUACAAAUGAGCCUUCUGAUGGAGAUGAUGGUGAUUCCACAGGGGUUACUAUUAUGAGUCGAUGCCCUGCCCCAAGUACAAAUGAGCCUUCCGAUGGAGAUGAUGGUGAUUCCACAGGGGUUAGUAUUAUAAGUCGACGCCCUGCUCCAAGUACAGAUGAGCCUUCCGAUGGAGAUGAUGCUGAGUCAACAGGGGUUCUUAUUAUGAGCCGAGGCCCUGCCCUGAGUUCAGAUGUGCCUUCUGAUAGAGAUGUUGCUGAGUCAGCAGGGAUUACUGUUCUGAGCCAAUGCCCUGCUCUAAGUUCAAGCUCAGAUAGUUCAAUUACUCAACAGGGGACAGCAGGUCGAAGGUUGCGGUUACAAUUGAACCUUAAUGCGGGACCAUGUUCCAGUAUUGAUGGUUCGUCAAGUUGCAUGAUAGACGAGAAGGAAAAUGAACACAAAGGGAUGAGAGCUGAGAAUGAAGGGAACAUGGACACAAGCUUUUGUGACGAUGCUAAUUUUGUUGGCAACAACCAUGCCGAUGAGCAAGAUAACAUCCCUGAGCAUGAUGCUGCAAGGCCUGUUCCAGAAGCUAAUUCUGUUACAAGGUUGCGGAAGACAGCGGAGAAAAGCGGCAAUGAGAACAAACAGGAAUUAGGUGUCCAUCCACAUGUGAGAGCACCAAGGAAGGGGGGCUUCCCAGCAUACAUUAUCUGGCCAGUUCUAUCGGUGGCUCUGCUCGUCCUUGUCAGUGUUGGGAUCUAUGGAUUGGCAUAAUAGCUCUCUCCUGAUGGAAUUUAACGUGACAUGCUUUUCCCACACAGCUCCUUAGCAUUGUCCUACCGUAUCCCCUUUGUACAUAACGCAUCUUAAUCCAUGCAAGUGUUUGUUCCACUUCCUGGACACCGAGGCAUUAGAAAAUACAAAAAGAGAGAGAGAGGAAAGAAGGUAAACUGAAAGCGAGGUAGCAAAUGAGAAGGGGUGAUGCAAGAGAAGUGCUGUUGUAGAUGUCUGUGACGACAAUAGGUAAAUGGUAGUUUUUGCUCUGCCGUUCUGUUAAGGCAGAUGUUAGUAACCAGGUUUGUUAAGCAGUUGUAAGUCAUGUUUUUUCGAGCUGUUCCUGGUUAAGUAUUGUAGCAAGAUCUGAACCUAAUUAAUAUGAUGCAGCUCCUCUUUUCAUCUUGUAAAACUGUUGUGGUUUAUCCUUGUUA